ACUGUACGAUUGCUAAACUAUGGCUACAGUUGACCACUGUUAAGAUAAAGUACGUACAUUUAUUUAUAUUAAAUUCAAGUAUCGUGUAAUGUCUAUCUACUGAUCCGAUUGAUUGGAUGUUACUUUAAUUGAUUCAAUAUCGUUUAAAUCUGCCAGAUUAGGUUAAUAAUUUGUAUUCGUGACUGAUUGGUUUCAUAUUGAUAAAACACCUGUAUCACUGCUUAGGCCCAGGAUACAUCACCAAAUGGUUAAUUCGAUGCAACUGCCGAAUACGGCAGAAAGCGAUCGUGAGAUAUUACGCGAAUAUUAUUUAGAGAGGAAUUUCUUCACUUCUACGGAAGGCGUUCUAAAGGUGCUAUCAAUAGUGGUGUGCACGGCCUCCUCGGUGCUGUGGCUGGCGGGCGGCGGGUGCGGGCGCGGCGCGCGGCUCGCGGGCGGCGCGUCCGUAGCAUCCGCGGCAAUUCUCGUGCUGCUCUGCGCAGUCGAUGCCCUGCGGCUCGCUGCGUAUGCGCCUAUGACCUACUUCUAUACGGAUAUCAUCGUGUCAACCUGUAUCGGGUUAUGGCUACUCAUAUCUGGCGUGUUGAGUCUAGCGUUCUGUGACGCGCAACGCGCGCUCGACUACGCGCACGGGCCCCUUGCAGUCGUCAACGCGGGGUUAGUGCUGGGCAGCGCAGUGACUACGUACGUGUCGGUGAUCAGGAGAUGGGACGACGCUCGCAGGCAGAGUCCGCGAGCCCCCAGACCCAGCCGGUUUGAACUGGACGUUUAGUAGUCUGAUCGCUAGUUAGAUACCUAGGGUUGUUUCCACUGUGUCGCGCCGCCGCGCGCGACAUCAAAUGUCGCCACGUGCGGCGUACACCCGCAGGCAGUAGGUCAUAGAGGCAUAAAAGCUCUGCUUAUGCUAUUUGUGACAACUUGAAUGCUAUUUUUCAUUGAACUGCUAGUAAAAAUUCGGAAAGACCCGGGAACCCAUCGUAUUAAUAUCCCAAAAAAAAAUCCUACUAUUAUAUGAUUAAUGAAAGAGAUCACGACUCCCAGAAUGAGGAAUAUGAUGCCAUUAAAUAGGUUCCUACCUAAAUGCCUACCCUACCUUCAAACCUUGGGCACGCCACUGCCCGCAGGAGGAUUUGGCAUCUACCUACUCACAUUUUCAUUAAAAUUGUCUUUGCUGCUUAACUUGUGUUUAAUUAUAUACGUAUAACAGUAUUCUAUACUAUUUUUAAAAUAGAAAAAAAUUAUUUAACAAACACUAAAAAAUAAUAAAAUAAAAGUAAAAUAAUAAGUGCACCUGGGGGUGUACCGACACAAUCCUAGUGAAUAGACUUUACCUUAACGGCCCGUGCAGACAACGGAAGAUAAAAAUGGAUCACAGCUGUAUCACUAUGUUUGGAUGUUUGUAGAUCUUACAGUAGGUAAUAAGUAUGAUUUUGUGUUAAUGAUUAAACAAGUUUUGUAUAAAUUGUCUUUUAAUGCAUAGUCUUAUCAAUUUAGAUAUAAUAUAAAAUUCUUUGUACAUCUAUAGUCAUAUUCGAGUUCUAUAUUACAAAAUAUACAAACUAACCACCACCAUACAGCAAUAACACCUAUCAAAGUAGCUGUCAAACUGUGAUGAAUAAUUGUCUUUUUCUAGUCAACAACAGCUUUGGUUUUAGGCUCAGAGCCAUAGUGUACUUUCACUUUGCUCAGACUUAAGUUUCAGUUAAAAUGAGACAGGUUCAUGCCAGAGAUAAAACGCUAUAUCACUUUAACAUAGCAAAGGUGACACAAGUCUGAGCCUAGUUUCCAAGUAUCUAAGUAUUGUACUAUUUAUUUAUGCAAGCAUUGAAUGACUAAGAACAGUAACUAAGAUUCUAUUUUGCAUU